AUGAUGACCUCUGAUUAUAUCCAAGAAGAUCAAGAGGCCAUUUCCUUAAAGAUUUUCGGCGCUGCUGAUAUCAUUAUAAACUCGCCCCCAUCAGCUCACUCGUCAUUUCAUACAAAUUUUCACUCUGCAUUCCUGACUCACUCUCCACGCACAAGUUUCACAUCUUCUGCCCCGUUAUCUAAUUUUGCAUUCCCCUCCGACUUUCAAGCCCCCUUUGCGCAGCCUGGCACUGCGCUUUCGCUGAUGGCGCCCACCUCAACGGCAAGCAUUUCGCACGAGCAGACUGCAGCACUCCUCUCGUCUAAUCAUUACUUCUCCUCUGCAGAAUACUCCACAUCCACUCUUGAUACGCCCGAUUAUGGUGAAUCUACAUCGGUGGAUUUUCCGCUCUCCACGUCUAUAGACUUUGGCGGCUCGCAAACAGAGUUCAUCGGCUCGCCUGAAUAUAUUUCAUUAUCAUCCACAUCUUUUUCAACAGCCCCCUUUGAGUGUCUCUCUGCGCCACCAUCUUUCGGCAUGAUGGGCCACACCGGUAACGGUCACAACAUGAUUGUGGACUAUGUUACCCCAUCUGGUGGUCCUACUUGGCACCACCAUCAAUACGGUAGUGAGCAAGGUGCCCCCGUAUCCUCAAUGACAGCCAUCAAGGGAAAGUCACCCUAUGUCGUUCUUUGGCUCCAAUCGCACUUUGAGUCAUCUGAAGGUGUUUCCAUGCCUCGUUCGUUGCUGUACACACACUAUUAUGAAUCGUGCGUUGCCGAUUCCAUCGAGCCAGUCAAUGCUGCCUCUUUUGGUAAGAUUAUCCGCUCUGUGUUUCCAAACUUGCGCACGCGGCGUCUUGGUACGCGCGGCCACUCCAAGUAUCAUUAUUACGGGAUCAGGAUGAAGGCACCCAUGUCGACUGCAGAAGCGGCUCCAGCACUUUCAAGUCCGGUCCCCAAUACCGGCUUUGGCUCCUCGUCAUAUGGAGCGGGGACUGGCACUGUAGAGACUGUGGACUCAAUUCCCCACUCUAUCAAAUCGCACUUUACCAUCCGGCCGUCACGGAAUCGACAGACUUCGUCACCAGUUACCAUCUACAGCUUGGCCACCGGCGGCCUCUCCUGCGUUACAGCUAAUCCGCCAUCCAUUGAUCGGUUUGCCGCGAGGUUGCACAUGGCUGCACCAGACGCGCUUCCCAUUGAGCACGGUGACCUUUUCAGACUUGGCCUGCAGCAUCAUACUACCUUGCUGCUUUCCCUAAUUUUACGCGAAGAGUAUCUGCAAUUUGAAGAGGAAUUUACACUCUAUUGGCUUGGCGUGUUCCCUAAGAGCUUUCCAGAAUUUCAGGCUUCCAAUGCAAACCAAACGAACUCGGUGUCCGAAAUUUCUUGUUUUUUUCCUUCUCAAAAGAGCGAAAAUCGAUCUCCAGGAACGCGACUUUAUCAGAGCAUCCUUUCAAUGAUACAAAGAUUCGAUGCUACCUCCCUCGCUGUCAUCCAGGAAUGUUUUCUUGCUUCGUUUUGGACCAAUGGCAUUACUCAGGCACAACUAGAAAAUGUCCGUCUCUUUUGCACCAAGACAUUACCUGGACUGAUCACGAUGCUUGUCAAAGGAUAUUUCAGCGCUCGAGACCUGGAAAAUGUCCAGUUUGACGUCAAUGGCUGGCCAACAGGCCAGCCAUGGCAUACCCCGGCCACACUUCCAUCCAAGUUGCUGGUGGUGAAGCUCGAAUUUUUCAAGAAGCUCUCCAUGAUGCUGCUUAAACGCGUCUCUCUGCACUCACUUGCCACUACCUUGCGCAGCGCCAAUGGCGUCGUAAUUGGAACUGCUGCCACCAAAUGUGAUUUCUCUUCAAGUGCCUGCACGAAUCGAUCGCCUUCAGCUAGUCUGUCGGCUCCAGGCUCUGCGGAGCUUAGGCGGCUGGCUCGUGCCGCCGUGCGCGAGGCAGCAAGCGAAUUGCAGCGCCACGUUUCUCAUGAGCGGGACUGCGGCUUACGAGCACAAGCUUUUGCUUUAGGUACAGACCCGUCGCUCUCUGCGUCUUUCUCACGAUCUAUUGAUGAGAUGGAUGCUUCCUUUAUUCCGGAAGAAAUCCUUGCGCAAUUUAUUACGUCAAUGGAGCUCAUUUUUGGGGAUGACCAGCUUGACUGGGACGCUUGGGCAUCUUUUCUUGAUAGUUGCGUUGAUUACGAGGCCAGCGAGGAUACCCGCGAAGGGGAGGAAAAUUGCCGCCAUCUAGAUGCGGCUGCCAAACGGAAAAACGGGGCUCUUCCCAACAUCGGUCCGAUAUCGUAUGGAGAGCUGGAAAGAAUGCAGCGACAUUUACAGAACCUGCUCAUCCAGUGGUCGUUUGUGAUCGCCAUUUUUAUGGACCAACUUUUUGCCACCAGAGAUCACAAAAAGGUAGAAGGCUCCUGUGCUAGGGAUGAGGAAAUCCUUGCUGAAUAUCUUCAUUUUGACCAAGGCGCAUGCGAGGCCGCCACGCCUGUGGGUGAUGGGGCCUCUGCAGUGGUUGUUGCACAGCCGGCCCCGGCUGCCUCCACCACGCCGCUGUCACUUUUUGAAACGGUGCGGCUUCUCACGGAAGAGUAUCUGCUGUAUCUCGUCGAGCAGCGACUGGAUGAACUCAGAGAUGCAUGUGCAUCAUCAUCAACUAGCGGCUUGAUUGGUUUCGUGAUGGAACCAAACUUUCUUUGCUUGAAGUCUGCCUCGCGUCGGCGAGAAAAGCGUACAAGAAAGAAAACAUUUGACGAGUCCCUUACUGCAAUGGAGCCCGUUGAGUGCGCCUUCAUUCAAGGCCUCUCGAUUACAGAUGCUACACUGACAUGUGGUCCUCUAAGAUCGCUGUCAUAG